AUGUGCGUGGCUGAGAAUAGUUCCAUGGAGGAGAUGUUAAAGGCUAGAUUCAAAGAGAUUCUGGCAGACAUGUCCUCCAGCAAGUCGUUCCCCACCAGAGAGCUAUUCAUGUACGGAGACAUGUCAGGGAUGAAUACUUUGAAAACCGCUGUUGCUGAGGCAGUCGAGCAUUUUCUUGCUCCUCCAGUGGACGGUAUGGUGAGAGUCGGUGUCACAGCUGACGAUGUUAUAGCUAUCACUAAUGGGUGUGGGCCUGCUAUGAAUCUUAUAUCAUUCUGCCUGGGCGACGGCGACGGGACGGACUGUUUUCUCACUACCAAGCCUCUCUAUCCAGUGUUCCUCUUAGACUGUGAAAAGGAAGCUGGGGUGCGUGUCGUUCCGUCGGUAAAGACUUCGAUGGAGACCAGUUUUGAGAUCACGAGGUCAGCCCUUGAGCAAGGCUACGAGUCUUCUGUAGCUGAGGGGUUGAAGCCCAAGGCCUUAUUGACUGUAAACCCGGGCAAUCCGAGCGGCCGAGUAGCCACAGCUGAUGAGCUUAGAACGAUAAGGAAUUGGUGUGGCGAGAAGGACAUAUGGUGGAUAUCUGAUGAAAUUUACGGAUGUGCAGUCCACGAUGAUAGCGAAAGGCCCCACAUAUCUGCGUUGAAUUUGCCACUGCUCCCGGGCGAUCUCGAUCCUCCAACCCUCGUGCUUUGGGGCCUUAGCAAGGACCUCGGUUUGUCGGGGAUGCGAGUGGGUUUCUGUUUGGGCCUUCCUCGUCAACGUCAUGAUCCCUCCGUGGUGACGCUGAAGAAAGCUGCACAGUCCAGCUAUAAUAUGUUCGCUGCUGUUAGCCCAUUGACGCAGUGGUUCACCGAGAAACUGCUUGGUGACCAGCACUGGAUGACAGCAUACUUGUCGGAAUAUCGCAAGGUUUUGACGGAGUGCAAAAAGCUAAUCUGUCAAGGCCUCGAAGGAUUAGGAAUUCCCUUUUACCAACCCGACGGCAGCAUCUUCAUCUGGGCCGACUUCUCAGAGUUUCUGACUCCAGAUGAUUCUCGUGGAGAUUCCAACGCGUUAUUCGAUAAGCUCUGUGACGAGCCGUAUAAGAUCAUACCUUCUCCCGGUGAUAGCUUUUUCGGCCCUCCGGGGGGCAUGCGGUUCUGUUAUAUGUGGAUGGCAAAACCUCAGCAGGCCUGUCAGGAGCUUGUCCGUCGGCUGUCUCUGUUCGUUGCGUGCAAUCGUCGCAAGGAUGUCAUUGGGGAUGAACUUGGCACCAUCGAGGUCAUCCAGGAGGUGUCGCAGGGCCCGCCAACUCCCAAGGGGUCCUUUGAUCCAAAAAUGCUCAGCGACAUGUCUACUUCUCCUUACCCAGAGUACUUGCUCCCAUGGAGCCUACCGGUCGUGAUGCAAGUCGUCCCGCUGCCUCCACAAGGACUCAUCAACACCUCAUCCCAGUUCGAGUUGGGUACCGGGGUUAGAUGGCUCGGAAGCGGCGAAUUGAAAAUAGAGAUGGCUGGAGCUUGGGCAGGGACCGAGGGGAAGUGGAGAUUCAUAGCUAUCAGUCGCUGGUUGGAGUGGCUCGACGCUUCCUAUCUGGGCACAUGGCCUUGGGAGUCCCGUCCUUUACUACUGGACAUGGACCUCUCGAGGAACGAUCUCACGGAUGAGGAAUUUAAAUGGAUACUGCUUCAUCUCGACAGGGGCCCCGCGAAUGUUCAACGACUGCGGGCUUCCUUCAACCAACUCACGGAGAAAUGUGUCGAUGCUUUGGUGGGGAUGUUGGACAUUGGCAACAAGCGAAGAAUUGCUGAACUUCAUCUCAACGGUAACUUCAUCGGCAACAGAGGAGUCUCAGCUGUCCUCACGGCCGUUGCCACGAGCUUACGUCACCAACACGGGUCGGCUGGUGUCCAUGAGCUACCGCCACUCUGGCUGCGUGUUGAUGACAACUCUACCGACUGUGAGGCCGAGCUCGUAUCGUCGAUAUUCCAACCUGGGGAGUACUGUAUGGCUACCCUUCCUGCAUCUUGCACUCCCGAUAUCUGUGGCAAUGGUGCACUCGUUCACCUCUUUAACUUUGGCAGACAGGAGUUGCCUACAGGCAGCUAA